AUGGAUGAUCAGAGUGUAAGGAAGGGCGGUUUCCAGAAUGGCACCAAGCCUCCUGACCCCCCCUGCCCCCCCUCACACACACACAAGGAGGACAAAGCUACCGUGCUGCAGAAAGAGGUCGGCCUGGUGAGCGGUGUGUGUUUGAUUGUGGGGACGAUGAUCGGUUCCGGAAUCUUCAUCUCUCCCAAAGCGGUGCUGCAGGGGACGGGAGCGGUCGGACCCAGUCUGUGUAUCUGGGCAGCAUGCGGACUACUGGCUACACUUGGGGCUCUGUGCUAUGCCGAGCUGGGUACUAUGAUUACCAAGUCGGGUGGUGAAUACUCGUACCUCAUGGAGGCCUUUGGGCCGGUGCUGGGCUUCCUAUACGGCUGGACAACCAUCAUCGUCCUCAAGCCUUCAUCCUUCGCCAUCAUUGCCCUCAGCUGUGCCGAGUACGCGGCCACGCCCUUUUACCCAGCAUGCACCCCUCCACGCAUCGUCAUCAAGAGCCUCGCCGCCGCCUUCAUCAUGAUCAUCUCCCUGGUUAACUCUCUGAGUGUGCGCUUGGCCAACUACGUCCAGAACUUCUUCACGGCCGCCAAGCUCUUCAUCAUCUUCAUCAUCGUAGCGGCCGGAGUCGUCCUCCUCGCUCAAGGGAACACUCAGAAUCUCAGGAAUGGGUUUGAAGGGGCGACAACAUCGUUUGGAGACAUCGGACUGGCCUUCUACAACGGACUGUGGGCCUACGAUGGCUGGAAUCAACUGAACUUUAUUACAGAGGAGCUGAAGAAUCCGUACAGGAACCUGCCUCUGUCUAUCCUGAUAGGUAUUCCGCUGGUGUCAGUGUGCUACCUGAUGGUUAACGUGGCCUACUUUACCGUCAUGACACCCGCUGAACUCCUACAGUCAUCUGCUGUCGCCGUGACGUUUGCGGACCGUGUGCUGUACCCCAUGUCGUGGGUGGUGCCUCUCUUCGUCGUCUUCUCCACGUUCGGGGCGGCCAAUGGGAGCUGCUUUACUGCCGGCAGGUUGACGUAUGUGGCUGGGCGAGAGGGUCACAUGAUUAAGAUUCUGUCCUACAUCAGCCUCAAAUACUACACACCAGCUCCUGCGCUCGUCUUCAACGGUUUCCUGGCUAUAAUCUACAUCAUCCCUGCGGACAUCAACACUCUGAUCAACUACUUCAGUUUUGCCCAGUGGCUAAUCUACGGCCUCACCGCCCUCGCACUCAUCGUCAUGCGGCACACCAGGAAACACCUGCACAGACCAGUCAAGGUGCCUGUGGUGGUUGCAGGGCUGGUGGUGUGUGUGUCGUGUUACCUGGUGUUGGCCCCCAUCAUUGAGAAGCCGGCGUUGGAGUAUCUCUACUGCACAGCUUUCAUCCUCAGCGGCCUGAUCAUAUACCUGAUCUUCAUACACCACACACACACCUGGACUAGCAGAGUCACGGGGCCAAUCACCAAACACCUACAGCUGCUGAUGCAGGUGGUUCCCCCAGAGAAGAUGGACUGAAGACCACACACACACACACACACACACACACACACACACACACACACACACACACACACACACACACACACACACACACACACACACACACACACACACACACACACACACACACACACACACUGGACUCUAUUGGGUCAGAUCUAUAUGUGUCUUCAGAAGCUUCAACUCUUCAGUCUUCAACUCUUCAACUCUUCAUCUGUCUGUUUUGUUUCCAGACUGUUCAGACCCACAUGUGUCUCUGUGUUUGUCUAUCAGGCCUGGCUGUAUUGGCAUCAAAGGCGUUUUAGUGGUCAGGGUUUGUCUAUCAGGCCUGGCUGUAUUGGCAUCAAAGGCCUUUUAGUGGUCAGGGUUUGUCUAUCAGGCCUGGCUGUAUUGGCAUCAAAGGCGUUUUAGUGGUCAGGGUUUGUCUAUCAGGCCUGGCUGUAUUGGCAUCAAAGGCCUUUUAGUGGUCAGGGUUUGCCACUACUAAUGCUAAUGCCACUAUUGUAUGGAUUAUUGUAUGGAUUGUUUUUAGUGGAUUAUCUAAGUGGCAUAUUCAGUGCAGUAGGCCUACAUUAAUUACAUUCUGUUUGUGUUAUUAUCAAUAUAUUUUUGUAUUAUCAUUAAUUAGAAAUUAAUGAGCAUUGGCUGUGGUUGUACCACCUUACGUCUGAACCAAAAAAACGUCAUUUCAUCAAAUCAUUUACA